AUGGCAGAGCCACUCCUCUCAGAUUUGUGCACUAUCUGCCACAUAUUGACUCCGAAAUAUACCUGCCCGAAAUGCUCCACCAAAACUUGCUCCCUUAAAUGCUCUCGCCGUCACAAACUAUGGUCUUCAUGUUCUGGAGUCCGCGACCCUACCACAUUCAAACCGCGCUCGGAACUCCUCACACCUAGCGGUGUCGAUCACGAUUACAACUUCCUGCAUUCCAUAGAGGCAAAAAUCGAACGUAGUGAGAAAGAGAUUGUGGAAGAUAGAAAGCUUGUCAGCGAAUCAGAACUGAGAGAGGCCAGAGGAGGUGUUGAAAGGAAACACAAGGGAAGGUCUUCUAACCAAGAUCGGAAGUAUAAUCUGCUUCCAGGAGAGGUUUUGAUAGACAAGUGUUUGAGACUUAUGGGAAUCCGAGUGAUGCGUGCCCCCGUAGGUAUGGCUCGACGGCGGGAGAAUAAGACCAAUUGGUCAAAGCCUCAUAAGAGUAUCAAUUGGCAAGUCGAAUGGAUCAAAGAGGGAGAAAAAGAAAAGGGAAAAGAAGAAAAGUUGAUGGCGAAAUGUAUGGGCAAUAUUCCAUUGGGUGUAAUGUGGAGCAGGACAUGUGAAGCGGUUGAAAGAGAAAAUAUGGGAAGUGAAGAGAAGUCGGCCCUGAAGAAGAGAAAGGCGAGUGAUCUGAGGGUCAGAGAACGGUUGGCUAAAAGAGCAAAGAUCGAAGCGACCAGGCAAUCUUCGGUUCCUAUGGUUGGAAUUGCUUAUUUACAAGAGCCGACGACUGGUGCUUGGAACAUCCCGAUACCUUCGACAACAGCUCGUUCAAGUCCGGAUCCAUCAAAAGUUUCGACGCAUACUCCAGCCUUAGAAGAAUACAAAGAAGACUUCUACCUCCAACGUGUCCCGACACCAUCCUCAUUCCCGAAAGUACUGGUUCAACUCGAUCCUACGUUGCAUCUCACGGAUCAAUUACGAGGCCGCGCUGUGCUGGAAUAUCCUACGAUAUACGUUUUCGCAAAGUGUUCUUCGCUGCCCAAAGGUUUCAUGCUGGAGAAAGAGUUCUUGCAGAAGACUGGACAGCAAGCUUUAGAUGAGAGUGAGGAGAGUAGUAGCGAAAGUAGCGACGGUAGUGAGGAUAGUGAGAGUAGUGAAGACGAUAGUGAGGAUGGUAGCGAGGAUGAGGGUAGUGAUAGCAGUGACACGGAAGAGGGCGAAAUUAGUAAUGGAUGA